AUGAGGUGGUUCCUGCCGUGGGCGCUGGUGGCAGUGACAGCAGUAGGAGCAGUGGGCAGCACCCCGGCCAUGGCCCUCUCUCCAGCUCCCACGGCCACGGUCUUCACCCCGGCUCCCCUGGAGGACACCUCUGCACACCCCCAGUUCUGCAAGUGGCCGUGCGAGUGCCCGUCAUCCCCGCCCCGCUGCCCGCUGGGGGUCAGCCUCAUCACAGACGGCUGCGAAUGCUGUAAGAUGUGUGCUCAGCAGCUCGGGGACAACUGCACAGAGGCUGCUGUCUGUGACCCCCACCGGGGCCUCUACUGUGACUACAGUGGGGACAGCCCGAGGUACGCAGUAGGAGUAUGUGCACAGGUGGUCGGCGUGGGCUGCGUGCUGGACGGCGUGCGCUACAACAACGGCCAGUCCUUCCAGCCCAACUGCAAGUACAACUGCACGUGCGUGGGCGGCGCGGUGGGCUGCACGCCGCUCUGCCUCCGCGCGCGCCCCCCGCGCGUCUGGUGCCGCCACGCCCGGCGGGUGAGCGUGCCCGGGCGCUGCUGCGAGCAGUGGGUGUGCGACGACGACGCCAGGAGGCCACGCAAGACCGCGCCGCGCCACACGGGCGCCUUCGCAGCCGUGGAUGAGGUAGAGCCGUGGCACAGGAACUGCAUAGCCUACAGCAGCCCCUGGAGCCCCUGCUCCGCCAGCUGCGGCCUGGGGGUCUCCACCCGCAUCUCCAACGUCAAUGCCCGGUGCUGGCCUGAGCAGGAGAGUCGCCUCUGCAACCUGCGGCCGUGUGACGUGGACCUCUGGCCACACGUCAAGGCAGGGAAGAAGUGUCUGGCCGUGUACCAGCCAGAAGCGCCCGUGAACUUUACACUGGCCGGCUGCACCAGCACACGUUCGUACCGGCCCAAGUACUGUGGGGUCUGCACGGACAACAGGUGCUGCAUCCCCUACAAGUCCAAAACCAUCGACAUCUCCUUCCAGUGUCCCGAUGGGCCUGGCUUCUCCCGCCAGGCCCUGUGGAUUAAUGCUUGCUUCUGCAACCUGAGCUGUCGGAAUCCCAACGAUAUUUUUGCCGACUUGGAUUCCUACCCUGACUUCUCAGAAAUUGCCAAUUAG